GCGCGGCUGGACGGCGCGGCGCUGGUGGCGCCGAUGGAUGGGCACGACCGGCCCGGCCAGUUCAUGGCGUCGCUGCUGUGCCUGGGCAUGACAGCGGCGCUGGCCCUGGGCUGCCUGCACUGCGACCCCAAUUUCUCGAAGAAGUUCUCCUUCUACCGCCACCACGUGAACCUCAAGUCCUGGUGGGUUGGUGACAUCCCCGUGUCAGGAGUGCUGCUCACUGAGUGGAGCCAGAACACGAUGAAGGAACUACACCUGGCCAUUCCCGCCGAGAUCACCCGGGAGAAGCUGGAUCAAGUGGCAGGAGCCGUGUACCAGAGGAUGGACCAGCUGUACCAGGGGAAGAUGUACUUCCCAGGGUAUUUCCCCAAUGAGCUGCGGGCCAUCUUUCGGGAGCAAGUGCGCCUCAUCCAGAACGCCAUCAUAGAGAGCCGCAUCGACUGUCAGCGUCACUGUGGCAUCUUCCAGUAUGAGACCAUCUCCUGCGUCAACUGCACAGACUCACGUGUUGUCUGCUUUGGUUACUACUGCAAGUCAUCAACACAGUGGCAGUCAGCUGUACAGGGUCUUCUGAGUUACAUAAAUACCUGGCACAACUUACAGAGACCCAGGAGGACUUUGCCCCCUCCCCCUUGAGGGUCUCUAAAGCUCAUCUGGAGGAAGGGGGCAGACCAUCCUGGCUGAAGGGUCUUCAUGAAGUCUAGGGUUACCAAGUUGAUGGCAGACCCGGAGGGUCUAAUCGCUGCCCUGUUCUAUUUCAGUCAGGAUACAGGCACGAGGUAAGACAGGCCUUCCACAGGGGAGGGAUGAGUGCAGGGAUCGGGUGAAGUCUUUGGGUCAGUGACAGUGGGAGGGCAUUCUGGGCAGGGCUGUGUGCCUGUGGGCACACUGGAUGAAUAUAAUCACACCAUCACACCGCCCUGUGUGACCACUGCAUGAACUGUGCUGUCCUUCUUUAUGGCCUCGCCUUGGAUGUGCAGAACCACCCCAGCCUUGUGAGUGACCCAGGGAAUAAGGCAACAAAGCAGCAGGUGGCCUGGGGGGAGAACAGACUCCAAAGUCAAGUGACCUCUUUGCCACAGAUCCUCCCAUAUCCUAUUAAGACCUAUCAUUGUGGGUGUUGGGGAGGGUGGAUAACCCCAACACUUUAGGACUUAAGAACAGGCAGGAAGCAAAACAGAACAAAAAGACAGGGAUUUAGUAGUGCAUACCUAUUAAUCCCAGCCUUCUAGGAAGCCUCUGAGAUAGGAGAUCUCAAGUAGAGGGUCAGCUUGAAGUAUAUUAAUGGGUCAUGAAAAGCAGCCUGGGAAGGGAGGCAGGAGGGAAUAAGCAGACAAAUGGGCUCAGGGCACCUCUUCCUCCUCCCCUGAAGCCUUUCACCAAGUAUAAGGUGUCUGGAAGUGCAGCACUUCGUGAACCUGACUUUGGAAAAUGCCUCUGAGUGUCUGACCCAGCAUUGAUGGCGCUGCUCAGCCCCAGUAUUAGCGGGGGCCAGGACUCAGCUACAACAGUUGCCUGUUCCUCCAGGAGAGGCCAGCUGCUACCUGCCUCUGGUCACCCCAUGGAGCCCAGGCUGGGCCGGGGCUGGGGAAGCAGGGAGAUGGGCUUGUGUAUGGAUGGCGGGACCCCUGGGCAGGGCCCCCAGAGAUAUUUUGAUUAAAGUGUCCUGACAUUU